UAAACAAACGCGUAUAACCUAGUAAUAUUUCCAACGAACGGAAAUCAUUAUUUUAUUAAUAUUAAUAGGAUACUUACAGAAGUCGUAUAUAAAAAGAAAAUGAAAUAUGUAAAAAAAAUUAAGGCUGAUAACACUACUGUACUUGGGACGGGUAGACGACGAAUCUUUUUUUGUUUACUAUUAUUAUCAUGUCAUAAAUACCUAUUUGUAGCAUGAGCGUAAUUAUGUAUAUACUGUUAGAUUGAAUUGAAAUUCUUUACGUAACAGUGCCGGUGAUUACCUAAUUUUUUACAAUAUUAGUGUAUUUUUGUUUUCUGUGAAUAUAACCUAGAACCAGUGACGUAAGAGUAGUCCGAUUGAUUGCCGACCAUGUCGCAGAUAAAGUUGAUAAGCCGCGCUAGUCGCGUGUUGUCCGUGUCCGGAGCAGCUGUGCGGACAGAGUUAAGCGGAACGGUUCUACAGUCACAAGGAAAUCAUACUAGCAUUAGAACCAUGGCGAGCGACCAGAAAAAAGCUCUUACUUUGGAAACUAUGAACCCACACGUUAAAAAAUUACAAUAUGCCGUACGUGGACCUCUAGUCAUACGCGCCGCUGAAUUAGAAAAGGAGAUUGAGAAGGGAGCACAGAAACCGUUCAAGCGAGUGAUCAAAGCUAACAUCGGAGAUGCUCACGCCAUGGGACAGAAACCCAUCACCUUCAUCAGACAGGUCGUCGCUUGCGUGUCGGAUCCAACCCUGCUGGAGUGCGACCUGUACCCAUCGGACGUGAAAGAGAGGGCCAAAGGGAUACUGGCUGCUUGCGCUGGCCAGUCAGUGGGCGCGUACACGAUGUCGCACGGCAUCGAGCUGAUCCGGCGCCACGUGGCGGAGUACAUCGAGCAGCGCGACGGCCACAAGGCCAACUGGCAGGACAUCUGCCUGUCGGGCGGCGCGUCCGGCGGGAUCAAGAACUGCCUGCAGCUGCUCUGCAACCACAAGAUCGACGGCAAGGACACCGCGGUGUUGAUCCCGAUCCCUCAGUACCCGCUGUACUCGGCGUCGCUGGCGGAGUACGGGCUGGAGCAGGUCGGCUACUACCUGGACGAGGACCACAACUGGGCGCUCGACAUCAACGAACUCGAGCGCGCCUUCACCGACGGCAGCAAGACGCACGCCGUGCGGGCCAUCGUCGUCAUCAACCCCGGCAACCCCACCGGACAGGUGCUGACCCGCAGUAACAUCGAGGACAUAAUAAAGUUCGCCCAGAAGCACAGUCUGUUCGUGUUCGCCGACGAGGUCUACCAGGACAACGUGUACGACAAGGACAGCAAGUUCUACUCCUUCAAGAAGGUGAUGACGGAGAUGGGUGCCCCGUACAACAAAGUGGAGCUAGCGUCGUUCAUGUCCAUCAGUAAGGGGUACGUGGGCGAGUGUGGACUCAGGGGCGCCUGGAUGGAGCUCUGUAACCUGGACCCCGAGGUACAGGCCCAUCUCUACAAGGCCAUCUCCGCCAUGCUCUGCUCCACCACGCUCGGACAGACUGCCGUCGACUGCGUCGUGAAGCCCCCGAAGCCAGGCGAGCCUUCAUACGAGCUCUGGCACAAGGAGAAGACGGCCAUACUGGAUUCCCUGAAGAAACGAGCCCAGAUGAUCGCAACAUUCAACACUAUGGAUGGCUUCUCCUGUAACGUCGUGCAGGGCGCGAUGUACGCGUUCCCCCGCAUCCAGUUGUCCCCCAAGGCCAUCGAGGCGGCGGCCGCUGCCAAGAAGCUGCCCGACGUCUUCUACGCAUUCAAACUGCUCGAGGAAACCGGUAUCUGCGUGGUCCCGGGCUCUGGGUUCGGGCAGCGGCCCGGCACGUACCACUUCCGCACCACCAUCCUGCCGCAGCCGCAGCAGCUGCAGGACAUGCUCGACGUGUUCCGGGGCUUCCACCAGAAGUUCACCAAGGAGUACUCCUAAACACCAGCAUACGAGUCACUAGUCACCACUGAACUACUGUUUGUAGCUGCGAACUGGACCUCUACCGACAUAUUCCUAGAGAAACAUGUGUAACUCGCACUAUAUGAUGUAUAGGCGUCGUCAUUACUGUAGCGACACCUCGCUUGCUCAAAAUUGCAUAUUUAACAGCACUAAAUAAAAAAUCGCUUAACUUUUAGAACAGUGCAGCUAUUGUCUUAUUAAAUUGUAAGAUGGUCACUUUAAUUGUGAAAGAAAUACUUACUAUUUCGCAGCUUCAAACAUGUAAAAAGGUGUCAGUAUGUGCAAUCGUAGGACUAGUUCCUGCUAGGUGAAUAUUAACUUUGUAUGAUGUGUGCAAGUGUAUGAUGUAUGCAAGUUGUGUAUACGUCGCGCCGUAGUCGACAUACCAGUAGUUUGCGAUUUAAUACUACUUACUAUAUUUGCAAGCUAACUCUGAGAUUACGCUGAUAUCUUUAUUAUUGUUCUCCUGAGUUAUGUAUCUCGAUGUUAAGACUUGAAAUGUUUUCCUGAAAAUAGGAUUGUCAUUGAGUGGGGGUUGACCCAGUGCCAUACAUAGACUAGUCCGCACUCGCGUCACCUCGACUCAGGCUGGUCGCCUUCUGUGCCAGACUAUUGUAUUUACUAUUUUUAUGCAGUUUUAUUUUAUUAAUGCAAUUGUAUUUAAUUAUUGCUGACUGCCUCGUUGGUCGAGUGGUCGCAAGUGCGACUGCCGUAAAGGGGUCUCGGGUUCGAUUCCCAGGUCGGGCAAAGUAUUGCUGACCUAUUUUCGGUUUUCCGAAAAUUUCUCAGUAGUAGCACGGAGUUUGGAAUAGUGCCCAGUAUAUGGUAAUAGGCUCACACAUGGGACUUAUAAAAUAAAUGGUAAAAAGUGGAUGUACAUUGUAUAGCGGCAUUAUGUGCCGUAAAGUGUACCUCUGAUGAUAAAAGGCGUGACGUUGCGUUGUAUUUAAUUAUUUUAAGCACAAUACAUUUCUUUUUUGUAUUUUUUUUACCGCGGUACUCACUUUUGUUAUUAAUUUGUGUGCAAUCAAUUAAAAUAAUAAUCAAAGACUAUAGCUAUACUUUAUUCAGUUAUACUUGUUACUUUAAGCGACUAUUGUUAUUCAUUGUGUAUUUAUAUAUGAUUUAUUGUAACAUUCGUUUUAUUCUUAAAAUGAAACUUGCCUUUACCAACUGCUACUGAAAUGUACGACAUUCUGGUCUAUCGGUGCAAUAAAAUUAUUGGAGUCAUUCCAUCUUGGAAAUAAAGCGUUUAAUGCAAAUAAUGUGAUUUCGUUAAUAUACUAGUUAAGUGAUUGUUAUUGCGUACUUGAAAUCGAAUAAAAUGUAAAGCAAAGCA